UCAGAUUGUCCAAAACCAGAGUGCUUUGAGACUUUGUCAGCCAUGGAGCUUGCAGAACAAAUAACUCUUUUAGAUCACGUAGUUUUCCGAAGCAUACCCUAUGAAGAGUUUCUUGGGCAGGGUUGGAUGAAAGUGGAUAAAAAUGAGAGAACGCCCUAUAUUAUGAAAACUAGUCAACAUUUUAAUGAUAUGAGUAACCUUGUUGCCUCCCAGAUCAUGAAUUACGCUGAUGUCAGCUCCCGGGCUAACUCAAUUGAAAAGUGGGUAGCAGUAGCUGACAUCUGUCGAUGUAUGCACAAUUAUAAUGGUGUAUUAGAAAUCACAUCAGCCUUGAACAGAAGUGCAAUCUACAGACUUAAGAAAACUUGGGGUAAAGUAUCCAAACAGACAAAAGCUCUCAUGGACAAGCUUCAGAAGACUGUAUCAUCUGAAGGAAGAUUUAAAAAUCUUAGAGAAACACUCAAAAA